GCAUUGGGGUUGGCGGCGGGAGCGCGGAGGGACGCGGGUUGGGGGCGCUCCGGGAAGGCCACCUGUCCGUCCGUCCGUCCAUCCAUCCGUCCGGGCGUGUGCGGUCCCGCCGGCUCCAGCCCCCAGCCUUCCCUCCCGGAGCACGCCUGCUGCCUGCUGCCGCCGCGGCACAGGGGAAGCCGGGGAACGACGCGGGGAACCGCCAGGAUGAAGCUGGUGAGGAAGGACCUGGAGAAGGAUAAUGCAGGGCAGGUGACGCUGAUCCCCGAGGAGCCUGAGGACAUGUGGCACACCUACAACCUGCUGCAGGUGGGUGACAGCCUGCGCGCCUCCACCAUCCGCAAAGUUCAGACCGAGUCGUCCACGGGCAGCGUGGGCAGCAACCGCAUCCGCACCACCCUCACCCUGUGCGUGGAGACCAUCGACUUCGACUCGCAGGCCUGCCAACUGCGCGUCAAGGGCACGAACAUCCAAGAGAACGAGUAUGUGAAGAUGGGCGCCUACCACACCAUCGAGCUGGAGCCCAACCGGCAGUUCACCCUGGCGAAGAAGCAGUGGGACAGCGUGGUGCUGGAGCGCAUCGAGCAGGCCUGUGACCCGGCCUGGAGCGCCGAUGUGGCGGCCGUGGUCAUGCAGGAAGGGUUGGCUCACGUCUGUCUGGUCACCCCGAGCAUGACGCUUACUCGUGCCAAGGUGGAGGUGAACAUCCCCCGCAAGCGGAAAGGGAACUGCAGUCAGCACGACCGGGCGCUGGAGAGGUUUUACGAGCAGGUGGUGCAAGCCAUCCAGAGGCAUAUCAACUUUGAGGUGGUGAAGUGUGUACUGGUGGCUAGCCCAGGCUUCGUGCGGGAGCAGUUUUGUGACUACAUGUUCCAGCAGGCAGUCAAGACUGACAACAAACUUCUGCUGGAGAACAGGUCCAAAUUCCUACAGGUCCACUCUUCCUCAGGACAUAAAUACGCACUGAAGGAAGCACUCUGCGACCCAGCUGUAACUAGCCGUCUUUCUGAUACUAAGGCAGCUGGUGAGGUCAAAGCCUUAGAUGACUUCUAUAAAAUGCUGCAGCACGAGCCUGACCGGGCUUUUUAUGGCCUGAAACAUGUGGAGAAGGCCAAUGAAGCCAUGGCCAUUGAUACCCUACUGAUCAGUGAUGAGCUUUUUCGGCACCAGGACGUGGCUACACGUGCCCGAUAUGUGAAGUUGGUAGAUAGCGUACGGGAGAACAUGGGCACAGUACGCAUUUUCUCCAGCCUCCAUGUGUCUGGAGAGCAGCUGGGCCAGCUGACAGGGGUGGCAGCUAUCCUGCGUUUUCCUGUUGCUGAGCUCUCUGACCAGGAAGAUGAAUCUAGCUCUGAAGAGGACUGAUAACAGUGACUUCAUUCUACAGUUUCUUUUCUAUGUCAUGUUGAAAUGAUUUUAAAGGUCCUUCCAAUCUGAAUAUUUGUGUGCAGAUGUACCAUGACAUAUAAUCAAAAAGUUAUACAUACAUAUAUAUAGUUUUACUUGGCACAUUACUUGUUAUCUGAUCUAUGGUAAUAAUUAUUGGUAGCUGUGUUCAGCUGACUGUUUUUGCAGUUCUGGACCACCAACAGUUCAAGAAACUAAUUUGGCUCCCCAGUGCUGCUUAGUCUGCAUGUUAAGGCAGACUGAUAACUUAGUGAAAUGUGUAGGAAAAAAUAAU